ACCGCUGGAGACGCCAUUGCGCAAUUCUCCUUAAGCAGCUCCUUCCAUCACUAGUUGUCACCUUCUCCCGACGAUCACAUCGACAGCUCUCCAUUCCCCAAAUCACACUGCGUUUUUCUCGCCCUCUUAGCUCACCCGGCCACCCCCCACCGCGUCCCCCCCUGCUUAACAAGUACCGCCCUUAUCUGUAUCAAGAUCACCGCAUAUCGGUCCGGCAACUCCUAUUGCAGAAAAAGAGACGUCUUCCCCGUUCUCUCCCACCCUUUGUCUCAUUUUUGUUUCUCCUACGACUCGUAAUAGUUACCGCAUCCCGCCUGGGCGAUGCGUCACCAUUUCAUUUAGACAUCUACCUGUCGGCACAGACAUUGAUCAUCAACAGCAUCGUCUGCGUCUGCAUCAAUAGCGAUAAGUCGCCUCAAUCUCGCUCCAAUUUGUCCUUUGGUAAUCUCGUCUUGACGCGCCAUUCAGUUACCCGUGGUUUGCAGGCGUGUCAUAGUAUCAAAGCACCCAUUCUCGGCCUCGACUCCGACUGCCCUCUCUGAAGAAAGGACUUCAGAGUCAAGAUCUCCGGCGCUGCUUCAAAUUUGACACGGAUCUCCGCUCUCUGAUCUUCACAAAAAACGUCGAUCUGUCCAUCAAAGCAUAUCAAUCAGUUUUGCGCAAUUUUUUUCCCUUCUGGAUUAAUUCUUGCCUUCAAUGUCAGUCCCAGCUCCGCAACAAGGACACCCCAACAGCUUGGAUGGUUACCGGGGAUAUGACCAACAAAGGCAACCUGUUACUGGACCAAGCAACUAUGGUCGAGAGACUUAUAUCCCUGUCAGCAAUGGCUAUGCGGCUUAUCCGCCUAAUCAAGCCGGCGACGGCUCGCAGCCUGCUCGCAUCCCGAUCCAACCACACAUUCCUCCCGAACCCCAUACCUACCAACGCUCCUACCAGUCCCAACCAGCCGCAUACAUGCAUCCUUAUGCUGCCGACAUGCAUCAGGGGAUGCCAUCGUAUAGCUAUGGCGCAGAUGUGGCGCCAACUUACCAGUUUGGCUCCUUACCUGCCGCUCCGCAAUCGCUUUUGCCGCAACAGUCGACACGACCAAUGACGGCUCAUGCGGGGGAUACAGUGCCGUUUGGGGAGGAUGGCCCAAAGGAUGGAAAUGAUACGCUUAACACCCUUGAAGGUUUGCAAGUGAAGCAUCGUCGAAGGACUACACCUGAGCAGCUCAAAGUCCUCGAAUUUUGGUAUGAUAUCAAUCCCAAGCCGGAUAAUCAGUUGAGAGAACAGUUGGCGGCGCAAUUAGGAAUGACAAAGAGGAAUGUCCAAGUUUGGUUCCAAAAUCGUCGUGCAAAGAUGAAAGGUUUAGCCAAGAAGGAAGCUGAGGGACAGGAGAGUAAGAAGUCCCCAGAAAACCAAGAAGGCACAUCAUCCGCCAUUGGCCCAUCACCCCCACUAACAGACUCUGCCGUUUCGUCAUCGCAUUUCAACCUUCUCCCCCCUCCAGCAUCUGUCAACAUGGGUCGACGUGCAUCUCUUGCCAACGGUGAAGCCGCCAAGAUUGAAAUAUUCGUCGCUAAGCGCGCUGCCGCCCAAAAACGAGAGGAAGUGCUUUAUAAUGUCGGCGACGCCGGGGCAAAUUCUCCUGCUCUCGGCCAAGCUCACGCUGCCAGGCGAGGCAGUGUACCUUACCCCACCCCUCUGGCAUCCGUCCCGCCAGCUUCGACUUCUCCUUUAUCCCCCAAGUUUUCCCCAGCAAUCAGGGGUCCGUCGACAUUACACAUGGCGGCAGUGCGUAACAAUACUCGUCGUUCGAGUAUACCAGGUGUCUCCCAACUCAUCACUAGUGGACCAUUCACCCCUCCUCGCGUGGUUUCGAACCAACACCAGACCGCUGCUCAGAGUAAAGGUACACGCGAACUCAGCCCGAUUCAGGAUCAUGAAGUCUACGACACUUAUGACGCUGAAUUCCAACCGUGGUCGAGCGAUUUCCCUCCUAACAUGCACCUUCCACCUGCAGAGGGCUUUCAUGACGGACGUCCUUUCUCCCACGACUCUCCCUUACCGAAUCCUGCAUUCUCUUUCGGUUCCGCCCCUCAGGGCCUUGAUAUGCACGGGAUUGCCUCGAUGGGUCAAUUGGAUGAGAGGCAACAGCAGAUGUUUAUGAUGAUGCAACAACGAGGUCGACUCGGUUCAAUAGCAUCAAUAGGGACCAUGGGGACCGAGACUGGGACGGAAGGAGGGGAAUCGUCCAAAGGGGAGUGGUUGGUUGAUGGGCCAGAAGGGUUUGAUCCUGAUACUCGGAGGGCUUCUGCACCCGCAGAUCUUUUACAUCAGAUUGGUCUUAUGGGAUUUGCGGCACUACCUAAUGGCGCGCCCGCGCCCAUCCGACCGUCUCCGCUGAAUGCCCACUUCGUUCCUGACUCUUUCCAAUCUACACCCCCUUACUACCCUCCUUCCACAUCAUCCUCUUCCACUUACUCUUUCCCCUUGCACCCUUCCUCCGAUUCUCUUUCUAUUGAGUCUCCUACCACGGCACAUUUUGAAGCGCCCAAGCCUGGGUCAAGAGGUGAACAAGCCCACCAACCGCAAACGCAGUCGCAGUUACAACAAAAUCACCGUAACCUAGAGCCAGGGAAUCGAAUGCCAAGCUACACUAGUACAACGGCUUCUCACUGGCCUAAUAGCGAUGUUUCACCGUAUAGCAACCACUCCAUAUCCUAUACAGGGUAUCAAGACGGAUGGAACCCAAGCCCUCAACAACAAGCAUUCCAACAGCAACAUUUAACUCCUUCAGGAGAACACACUCCCAACAUGGGCGUGGGCGUUGGUGGCGGUGCGGACGCGGGUGCGGAUGCGGGUAUGAGCAUCGGUCUCGGCCACCCCAGCAACCCUCAUCUCGGACAUCAUCGAGAUCCCAGUCCUGCUCAACAGCUGCAAGUCGCCGCGUCGGUGGACGAAAAGACUCCUACCGCCGACCCGCCUUUACCCCAACCGCUUGGUCAUCCUGGCUCGAACUCAAACAGCCUCGAUUCUCGCAAUGGCCAAGAAGGAGGAGUUACGGGUGGAAAUGAGGAGGGAAAAGACCAAUUUUUGUAUUUCAGUGAGUCUGGAGGGCAUGAUGCGGUGAAUGUGCUGGUAUAAAGGGGUUUUAGAUCUUGAUUGAAGCCGGCAGGGAAGCGCAUAUGCGUGGAAAGUCAUACAUAUGGUUGUGCGAAGGAGAUAUGACUGCUUCCAUCUUCAUGUGGUCAUGUUGUCCCUGCUAUUAUCUUUGUUUCAUUUCUUGAUGCUUGGGUUUUUUACAAGUCAGCCGAUAGACGUUUGAAUAAUCAUAUAUAAAGAUCUCAUAUGACACACAUUUAUAUACAUGUCCUAUACCUGUUCUGAAUCUUUUGGGGUUUCAUCUAGGACUUGUAUCUGUAUUAUUACUUCUUGUGUUGCAUGCAUUGCACGGUCUCCGUCUUCGCUUGCCAAUCGUCUCUCGCCCCACCUUCA